AUGACGGAACCAACUAGUCAAACGAGACCAAGAAUAGAUGUUGAGAAUGAUUACAUUGAUGCUGAGCAAUUAUCCUACGAAGAAAUUUUAUCUAUCGUAUCGAACAGAGAUGAUUUAUCCAUAUUAUGCUUAACGUUUCGUACAUGGUUCAUUGGUCUAUUUUUAACUGUUAUUUUCUCGAUUGUAAAUCAAUAUUGUUACUUCCGAACAGACACAUUUUCAAUGUCACCUAUGCUUGUGAUUGUUCUAUCGUAUCCAAUUGGGAGGUUAAUGCAUAAGAUACUACCAGCAAAAACCUGGCACAUUCCACUAAUCAAUCGUAAUUUUUCAUUAAAUCCAGGUCCAUUCUCUAUCAAAGAGCAUGUUAUAAUUUAUGUAAUGGUCAGUGCAGCACAAACAACAUAUGCAAUUGAUACUGUUACAGUUAUGAGAACAAUUUAUAGCAUAAAACCAAAUUUUAUUGUCAAUGUUCUCUUCAUUUUAUCAUCUCAACUAAUUGGCUACAGUAUUGCCGGUAUUAUGCGACGAUUUCUUGUAUGGCCAUCAAAAUUAAUUUGGCCGGGUAAUUUACCGUAUAUAGCACUGUUUCGAACAUUGCAUGAGAAAGAUGUGGUUGAUUGUAUGGCAUCACCGUCGCGAUGUUGGAUAAUUAUUCCUAUUUUCUACUACACGAACCUCUGGAAUUCAAAAACACUUCCAAUUGCUACCUUCGAUACUGUAUUAGUAGAUACGGGAAAUAACUUCGUGCUUCAUGGAAGUACGGGUACGAUUCUAUUCUAUGGUAUGUAUUUUGCGUCAUUAUCGUCGAUUCUUAUUCAUACUGUCUUGUAUCAUGGACGAGACAUCAUUAAGCAAUUUCGUACAUCCCUACAUCGUAGAGACAAUGAUAUACAUUGUAAAUUAAUGUCAAAAUAUCCGGAAGUUCCUGAAUGGUGGUAUGGAAGUAUUUUUAUUCUCAGUUUUACUUGUGCGUGUAUUGUGAUGCAUUUUUCACAUUUUAUGGAAUGGUAUUUUGUAUGUGCGGGUGUUGGAGUAGCAUUGGUAUAUAUUUUACCCACAGGUAUUCUAGCAGCAAAGACUAAUCAGAUAUUAAAUAUAACAGCAAUCGGCUACAUUAUUGCUGCUGUGGCUAUAAAAGAUAAUCCCAUUGCGUUUCUUACAUUUAAAACUUUUGUCAUACAGACACAAACACAAGCAUUGACACUUAUUUUGUAUUUAAAACUUAGUCAUUUUAUGAAAAUACCGCCAAGAGCACUAUUUUCCACAGUUGUUAUUGGUACAACUGUGUCAGUUUUAACAAGCUAUGCAAUGGCAAAUUAUUUCUUAAACAAUAUCAACGGUAUUUGUGUGAAUAACGUGAGCUGGACUUGCCCACAUACAACCCAUUCAUGGAUCUCAGUCGCUUCACUUUGGGGAGAAAACAUUUUAUCGAGUCAAACUGCAUUCAUACCGCCCACCGGUAUGUACUCGAGUAUGUUAUGGUUUUUCUUGAUUGGUGCAUUACUUCCAAUCGCAUUUUGGCUAUUAAACAAAAAAUAUGGCACAGAAUAA